AUUCGUCUGCGAUCAGAUGAUGGGAACUACGAUUCCCAGAGGGCGGUGCGGUCCAGAGGCUCGGGCGGCCUGCAGAGGGGCUCUACUUUCUGCCCGGUGAGGUCUGUCCCAGCCGGUUGUAGUGUACUGUCCCGGCGGGAGGGGCGGCCCAACGGGGUUUGUACCUCCCGGAGCCGCCCCCGGGACGUGAGUCCUGGAGGAGGCGAGGAUUGCUCCAGUUUUUGAGAAGACUAUGAAUAGGUCAGAGAACUUGCUUUUUACCGGUUCCUUGUUAGCAUCACAAGUUCAUGCUGCUGCUAUUAAUGGAGAUAAGGGUGCUCUUCAUAGACUCAUCACAGGAAACUCUGCCCUUAAAGACAAAGAAGACCAGUUUGGGAGGACACCACUCAUGUAUUGUGUGUUGGCUGACAGACUGGAUUGUGCGGAUGCUCUCCUGAAGGCAGGAGCAGAUGUUAAUAAAACUGACCAUAGCCAGAGAACAGCCCUCCAUCUUGCAGCUCAAAAGGGCAAUUACCGUUUCAUGAAGCUCUUACUUACACGCCGAGCAAACUGGAUGCAGAAGGAUCUGGAAGAGAUGACUCCUUUGCACUUGGCCACCCGGCACAGGAGCCCUAAGUACUUGGCGCUUCUGCUGAAAUUUAUGGCACCAGGAGAAGUGGAUACACAGGAUAAAAACAAGCAAACAGCCCUGCAUUGGAGUGCCUACUACAAUAACCCAGAGCACGUGAAGCUGCUUAUCAAGCAUGAUUCCAACAUCGGGAUUCCUGAUGUCGAAGGCAAGAUCCCGCUUCACUGGGCAGCCAACCACAAAGAUCCAAGUGCCGUCCACACAGUGCGAUGCCUUCUGGAUGCUGCUCCGACCGAGUCUUUGCUGAACUGGCAGGACUACGAGGGCCGAACCCCUCUUCACUUUGCAGUCGCUGACGGAAACAUGACAGUGGCUGAUGUCCUGACCUCAUAUGAAAGCUGUAAUAUAACAUCUUAUGAUAACUUGUUUCGAACCCCACUUCACUGGGCGGCUUUACUGGGCCAUGCACAGAUUGUCCAUCUCCUUUUAGAAAGAAAUAAGUCUGGAACUAUCCCAUCUGAUAGCCAAGGAGCAACACCCGUGCACUAUGCAGCCCAGAGUAACUUUGCUGAAACUGUUCAAGUAUUUUUAAAACACCCCUCGGUGAAAGAUGAUUCAGAUCUUGAAGGACGAACAUCCUUUAUGUGGGCCGCUGGGAAAGGCAGUGAUGAUGUCCUUAGGACUAUGCUGAGUUUAAAAGCUGACAUUGAUAUUAACAUGGCAGACAAGUAUGGAGGUACAGCUUUACAUGCUGCCGCCCUUUCUGGCCACGUCAGCACCGUGAAGUUAUUACUGGAAAACAGUGCUCAGGUAGAUGCUACAGAUGUCAUGAAACAUACGCCACUUUUCCGAGCCUGUGAGAUGGGACACAAAGAUGUGAUCCAGACACUUAUUCAAGGUGGAGCAAGGGUAGAUCUAGUUGACCAAGAUGGACAUUCUCUUUUACACUGGGCAGCACUGGGAGGAAAUGCUGAUGUUUGCCAGAUACUGAUAGAAAAUAAGAUCAAUCCAAAUGUUCAAGAUUAUGCAGGACGCACCCCUUUGCAGUGUGCUGCAUAUGGGGGAUACAUCAACUGCAUGGCAGUGCUCAUGGAAAAUAAUGCAGACCCUAACAUUCAAGACAAAGAGGGAAGAACAGCUUUGCACUGGUCCUGUAACAAUGGAUAUCUUGAUGCCAUUAAGUUACUACUAGACUUUGCUGCUUUCCCUAAUCAGAUGGAAAACAAUGAGGAGAGGUACACUCCCCUUGAUUAUGCUUUGCUUGGUGAGCGCCAUGAAGUGAUCCAGUUCAUGUUGGAGCGUGGAGCCCUGUCCAUCGCAGCUAUUCAAGACAUUGCUGCCUUCAAAAUCCAAGCUGUCUACAAAGGGUAUAAGGUCAGAAAAGCUUUUCGAGACCGGAAGAAUCUCCUCAUGAAGCAUGAACAGUUGAGAAAAGAUGCUGCUGCCAAGAAGCGAGAGGAAGAAAACAAGCGAAGAGAAGCAGAGCUGCAGAAGGGAUGGCUGAGCCCAGACUCCUCCAGACCCCAAGCCCCUCCCUGUCUGCCCAGCACCCAGGCUGAGCCCCUCAGGCAGGGCAGGACCCCCAGCAAACAGCCUCCCACCAGCGACAUGGCCCAGGGCCCUGAGCACAGGGCCUGCAGAGGGUCUCCAGGCAGAGGGUCUCCAAGCAGAGCUCCCCAGAAGGAGCAGCAUCUUUCCCCAGACUUGCAGGGAACAGACCCCCGAAAGCCAAAUGAAACAUCAAGGGAACAGUGUAAAGGCCAAUCUGCCUGUGUCCACGUCAGCCCCAGUGAAGGCAGUGAUGGAAACAGGCAUCCAGGAGUCUCCUCUGUUGAGAAGUCCAGAGGUGAGGCAGUUGGAGAACAGCGGUGUGACAAGGGAAAAGGCUUCUUGAAGCAGCCCGCUUGUGUCAGGGCAGCUGGGCCUGAUGAGAAAGGAGAGGACCCUAGUUGGGCAGCUGCAAGCCUUCCACAGCAGGAUGGCCACUGGAAGACCAGCAGGCGGCACAACACAGCACCCAAAGCCAAAUGUGCCUCCCAGAAAAGGCGUAUUCAAGAGCUCAGAGGAGGAAGGUGCUCCCCAGCUGGCUCUAGCCGGCCUGGCAGUGCCAAGGGGGAGGUGGUCCAUGCUGGGAAGAAUCCUCUCCACCACCAGACACCAAGAAACAAAGUGACACAGGACAAGCUCGAAGGAGGGAUCUAUUCAGAUUUGCCACAGAGCACAGAGGUGUUGAGGUCAGGAGUCAGGAAGCUGGGGACAUCUGCCCUCUCUGAGGACGCUCAGAUAUCCAAAGAGACUGGUCCAGCACCUGGUCCCCGCUCUGGGCAGAGUGUGAAUAUUGACCUUCUCCCUGUAGAGCUGCGGCUGCAGAUAAUCCAGAAGGAAAGAAGCAGGAAAGAGCUGUUUCGCAAAAAGAACAAAGCAGCAGCCAUCAUCCAGAGGGCCUGGAGAAGCUACCAGCUUAGGAAGCAUCUGUCCUGCCUUCUGUCUAUGAAGCAGCAUGGAGCCAGAGAUGUAGACAAAUGGAAUCAAGAGUGCAUGGCAUUGCUCCUCCAGGUGUGGAGGAAGGACCUGGAACUAAAACUCCCAAAGACCAUCACAGUAAGCUGGACCCCCAAGACUCCUUCCAAAGUCAACUCAAGCACAAAGUCCACCAGGCACUUGGUACUCAAGCAAAUCUACGGUUGUUCUCAGGAAGGGAAAGUACUUCAUCCUACAAGAUCAUCAAAAGCCCAUUCUGUGCUGCAUCUCAGUUCAGUGAGCAAUUUGCAGUGUAUGCACCUCCUUGAGAACAAUGGAAGAUCAAAGAAUUUUUCUUAUAACCUGCAGUCAUCCACUCAACCAAAAAAACAAAACAAAGCUUCGAGUGCCUAUGGAGGAAAGCUGUGUCUGGGGAAGCUGUAAUAGAUAGUACAGAGUUCUAAUUCUCUGCUGAUUAUCUUUUAGACUUUGGGAAAAUGUUAAUAUUCAUGCCUUAAGCCCUAUUAGAAUGAAAAUGUAACAACUGAAAGAAAAUGUCAGAAUGUGUUCUGUCUGAUCUUACACAGCACUGUUUUGUAAAUUAUGUUAGUCUGUGCUGAAAGGACUGGGGUAGACUGUGCCUGUGCAGAACUGCAGUUUGCCUCCACUUCAGUCAGUAUGGCUAGAAAGAAUUUAUAAUUAACAGUACAGUCUAAGUGAAUGUAAGAAUAUGAGCGCCAAAAGGGCUGCUAGUUUGGGAUCUCUGCCAGCCAGCUGGUGCAGGCCUGGUUUUUUUGCUUCAGUGAAGAACCUAAGUAAGAUAGGAGGGGACUGGGUUACAGUAGCCACCUUCUUCCUUUCACUAUUUUAUGAAAUCUAAUGCAACAGACUUGACUACAGUGACUACACUGCUGUUAUUCCAACAUUAUCAGUUUUAAAUUUUAGACGAGAAUCAUGACUCAGCAUUUGCUUUUAGAAACUGUCUUAAGAUUGUAAUAGGUCUGUAACAGCUUCCAUGUUAGCCUCUGAAUGUAGGCUAGGCAGGUUUACAAACCAGACCAUUUGUGCACAAGGUACCAAUUCUGGCUUUAACAUUCCACUUGUAUUUUCUGCCUGACCUGCAGAGGUGAGCAAUCUUGUCAAAAUGCCAUUCCUACUGGCAGGGAAAACUGUGCUGUUUACAUUCCAGCCCUUUAACACCUGGUUUAAAUAAAAUCCAGUGAUUGCGGGCUUUUUCACAUUUUUAAGGGCAAGGCUAAUACAGGAAUAUAGACAGGAAGCACAAACAGUAACAUGUUAGGCUCACAAAUACUUCUAGGAUUGCUUCCAUUUUCUUAAGAUUAUGGUUACCACUGUCCUGCCAAGAGGUAAACAAUAAAGUAUUAAUUAUACAAUAAAGUAUUAAUUCUUUUUAGCUUACUGUUACUUUAUAAUUAUGAACAUAAUGAAUAUGUCAUAUAUGUCACUAUACAUAGCUGGUAACUUUUAAAGAACUCUAAUGGAUCUAAUGGAUCUUUAGUAGACAAUCAUUUUGAAAGUAAAGUUAUCUAUAUCAGUCAAGCACCAUUUAUGUAUGGGAAAACCCAAAAGAACUAUAUAGCACCAUUUUGAAAUCUGCCCCUGCAUGGGCUAGCAACACCUCUGUGACAGACCUCCAUAGUGAGAAGGUGAAUGUUAUGAUGGAUAAGGAUAACCAUUCCCAAAUAAAAAACUGGUGUCUGUUGCCAUCUGAAUGAACUGGAGUUGAGAACACAAAGAUGCCACUAAUGUCUUGGUAAAUAAUAGAAAGUAUCAUAUCAUCGCUCUACUUUGUAAAUAUUUAGUUCCUCUGAAAUGCAAAAUAAACCAACACCUCUAACCAAAUAUCAUGUGCUAGUCCAGGAAACCAGCAUGCAUUAUUUUCCUACCUUAGUGCAAUGAAGGUUCAUGAACAACUUCUUUAAAAGUUCACCUUUAAUGACAAACAUUUAUUACAUCAGUCUCUCUUCAAAAUUAGAUAGCUGUGAAUAAACAAUUUAAAACAGGA